AUGGCAGAGUUGAAGACGGAGCCAACGCAUAGUAGUCUUUGGUCGAACUAUGGCGGUCCGGUAUCCCUAUCAACUCGAUUCCCCAAUCCCAUGGACUCAAAUCUCUCGCACCCUUCGACGACGUCCUCGCAGCAUCCAGGACGACCACGGAGCAGCCACCCUACCAUCGAUCACCCUUACCCCUACCCUCGCUAUCCGCAGGAGGAAUCGGAUGCCUUUGACAGAUACCCACAGCCCUCUUUAACGCAACACCACAGCUUCCCUAACCUCAAGAGACCGCACCAGCCUAGUGAGCACCCUCCGUACCAGGAGAUUGUGCAGGACCUGCGAGAUGACGGCUCCAAGAUCACUGUCAACCACGACCACAAGUUGCUCUCCUUCCGAAGGGUCCAGGACAAGCAUACCAUAGUCGACCAGCAUGGCCGGAUACAGCAGCUCGAGCUCUCCGCACAGCUGCACGGCAUGUUCUUCCUCUCGGAGAUGCCGUCGAGCACGAGCGACGGUGCAAUCCUGCAGCCGGAGCUGACGUGCUACCGAAGAAACUUGUUUCAGAUCAGCGGUUCCCUCAUCACCCCGCGAGGGCAGCUCUCCGUGAUACUACCCGAGACGGGAGAGACCGUCCCCGUGAACAGCACAGAAGUUACCAUUUCCGCUAUCGAAUCGGUUGAUGGCCAUCCAGUGAGGCUCAUUGUGAUUCCGUGGAAGACGCCGCCUCCAAACUCGCCGGAAUUGCCUCAGACGCCCGAUCAAGAGCCUCCGUCUCUGCCAUUGAUCCCGUUCCCAGACGACGGGCAGGAGGCUGACGGCGAAUAUGCCGUGUAUCCUAUCGGAUGGCGCCGGCUACAAUUCAGAAUAGCAACGGCGAACAACGGGAGGAGGAAAGAACUUCAGCAGCAUUUCGUGCUGCAUCUCAAGGUGGUGGGCACGUUGACGAACGGGUCAAAGGUUGUCCUGACAGAAUCGACGACGGCGCCUAUAGUAGUGCGGGGACGGAGUCCACGGAACUUUCAGGCCCGGAAGGAGAUUCCCCUCCUGGGAUCCAGCGCCGGCUCACGAGGGCAAGCGCUGGUAGAGACGGGAUUGGGUAUCGUCGCGGGCCCCCUAACAGUCAAGCCUCAAGACCCGAAGCUGCGGGGGCUGAAUCUCGAAUUACCGAGGACGGCGUUUACCUUCAACGCGUCGAAGCUCCCAGGAAGCCCGAUGGCGAUGAGAUCCAAUUCGUACCCUAGUUGGAAUCCGCCUAGCCAAUUACCCCUAUCCGGAAUGCCAGCUUCCGCUACAGCCAGCUACCCGCCAGCGAGCAUCCCGGCGGACUCAUACCAGAAGAUGCCCCUCUCUGGAACAUCAAGCUUCACGCAGGAGCCUCAGGAAAUCCCUAUGCAGACGUCCAUGCCGUCGAUGCAACUGUCCCUGGCCGCGACGGAGCAGCAACCGCCCGCUAUCCGGACGCAAUACGCAUAUGUGCAGGGAACAUCGGCCCCGCCACAGCUAUCGGUAACAACGACGUCGAUGGGAAGCAGCUCGGACCACGGAAGCCUAAGCGUGCCGCGAUACGUGGACUCAAACCCGCGCCCGGCCAAGAGCCCACGCCACGCCAGUCACCAAUCUAUACCCAGCACCAGCUCCAUAAGCAACAGCAACGACGCUUCUUCCGAGUACCGGUACGGGCCGUCCGGAUACGUAUCGGUCAACAAUAAUUCCAGCGAGCUGAGUUCGGCUUCGGCUUACAGCACAGACAGCGCGAAUGGCACUUCUUCCGGGGCCGGCGGGGCCGGUUCGACUGGCGCCCCGUCCUCGGCGGGCGGCCACACCCAGCAACCGCCACCGCAGCAGUCACAACCGCCGCCACCGCGCGACUACUACCCGCCUUCGACGUCGUGGACGACCACAGCCGGCGAACCCAGCAGCAUCCACGCGUAUCAUAACGGUGGUGCAACAAGCUCCGAGAGCAGUCGGCCCUACGCGUUCCCUGGUAAGAGCGAGCAUCCUCCACCACCGGGGAGCUACGCCUCUACUAUAAACCACUAUUCGUGGAGCCCAACAUGA